AUGGAGUCAGAUCUUCUGCGAGAUAGACUCCUCGCGGCACAGAAAGCACUGGGGCCCACGUGCUUCGAUUGCGGCGCAAAGAACCCCACAUGGGCCUCUAUCAAGCUGGGAAUCUUUCUCUGCAUGAAUUGCGCAGGUCGUCACAGGAGCUACGGUACACAUAUCUCCUUCAUACGAUCUUUAACACUCGACAAGUGGACAGAAGAUCAGGUGAGGCUUGUCGAGGUGGGCGGCAAUAAUGCGUUUCGCCAGUAUCUUCAGCAAGAGGGGAUAUCACAUCCGCUUCAGUAUCAGCAAACAGAUCUGGGUCCCUAUAGGGAGCUUCUUCAGGAAAGGGCCUCUGCAUCAUAUAGAAACACUGACCCGGAAAAGCAGCCGUGGUCGGGAUCUUCAGGCUUAAAAACAAAAGCGCAGCCGCAAGCCGUUGUGAACACGAUGGUUGAGGAUUCGCCGUACCGGCGUACGCUGGGUAGAAUUGUGCGUCUUGAGUAA